AUGAAGCGAUCUCUCUCCGUCCGCUUCCCACACGAGAUGCGAGACAUGACCGUCGAAGAUCCCCUGAGAAACAGAACAGGAGACCUCGGCAUCCACCAAGUUUUCAGCGCUCUAGGCGAAGAGGCAUUGAGGCGUAUCAGCCAGGAAGCGAUCCGCAGAACCUACAACGGCGGUCCUGAUCACGUGAAUCCCAAAAAUUUCGAGGCCCGCGAACCCAACAGGAAUACGCGGUGUCGAAUUCCGCUUCCGUUCCCAUAUGUCUAA